AUGGUCACCACGGACCUGGGCAUGGAGUCGACCUCUCUGGACGACGUUCUGUACCGCUAUGCCAGCUUCAGGAACCUGGUGGACCCCAUCACACAUGACCUCAUCAUCAGCCUGGCCCGCUACAUCCACUGCCCUAAGCCGGAAGGGGACGCGCUGGGCGCCACUGAGAAGCUGUGCAGGCAGCUGACGUACCACCUCAGCCCCCACUCCCAGUGGAGGCGGCACCGGGGGCUAGUGAAGAGGAAGCCACAGGCCUGCCUCAAGGCUGUCCUGGCCGGGAGCCCUCCCGACAACACGGUGGACCUGUCCGGCAUCCCGCUGACCUCACGUGACCUGGAGCGGGUGACCAGCUACCUGCAGCGCUGCGGGGAGCAGGUGGACAGCGUGGAGCUGGGCUUCACAGGCCUCACGGAUGACAUGGUCGUGCAGCUGCUGCCGGUGCUCAGUGCACUGCCCCGCCUCACCACGCUGGCUCUCAACGGCAACCGGCUGACCCGGGCCCUGCUGCGUGACCUCACCGACACCCUCAAGGACCCCAGCAAGUUCCCCAACGUCACGUGGAUCGACCUGGGCAACAACGUGGACAUCUUCUCAUUGCCCCAGCCCUUCCUGCUCAGCCUGCGCAAGCGCUCCCCCAAGCAGGGCCACCUGCCCACCAUCCUGGAGCUGGGUGAGGGACCAGGCGGUGGGGAGGAGGCCCGGGAUGGGACAGUGGGCCAGAAGGACCCUGGAGGCGGCCCUUGGGAUCCUGCCGAAGACCGCGAAGGCAGGGAGAGGGCAGGCACAGUUCAGACAUGACACAAGUAGGGGGCCUCGCCAAGGAGUCCCGGUGGAGUAGGAUGACUGAGGCAGGCUAGGGGGCCCCUCGAGGGGCCUCAGGCUGUCACCCAAAAUGGGCCUGGGCAGCUCCACCCAUGGGAGCCAGACUAUAGCAUCUGGAAAGGGGGCCAUGUAACACUUCUCUUUGGUUUCCACUGCCCCCUCGCCCAUCUCCUCUGCCUUCUGGCUCCUGACAAAUCAUCCUUGGCAGACUUGUGGGUAAAGUCUGUUUGGAGAUGCAGAAAACUUGACCCAAUGUAAGAACUUACCCCCAGGAAUGGAGUAUAGUUCUGGCCCUACAUCUAACUUCCUAUUUCCUAGAGUUUUUUCCUAUUCUGGGAAGCAGACUCCAGCCAGAUGCUGCCCAGAUGUGUGCCCCCACUCAAGGCAGGUUGGAAUCUUUACCCUAACACCUGGCUGAAAGUUGGGGGUUGGGGCACUGGCUGCCCAGAGACUCCAAGAGCCUAGUAGUCUCCAUCCUGCUUGAAGUCUGGUCUACCCCACCUCCUAUAAAGCCCUGGGGGCUGAGGAGCCAUUCCCAGUCUCAGCCUCCAUUAUUAAAGCCCACACCCCUCAAUAGAGCAUCCCAGAAUGCCUACACAUCUUGGCAUGCGUUAAAAAGGCUCACCCAGAAACCCCCACCCCAUCACCACCCCUCCUUCACUAGGGUUCUAGUGUUGCUAGGGUGCAGUCUCCUUUAGAAUUUCAAGGGCCUUUCUCCUAGAAUGCCUUCCUGUGGAGUCCCCAGAGACCAGGAACCCAUGAGGAGGACACUCCCAAGACCUACAGAAGGCUCCUUAAAAAUCCCAAGACCAUGAGACUAAACCUCAAACUCUUGGGGGUCUAGUGCCUCCCAGGUAGGCAUCUAGACAGGGAGAAAGUAGAGGCUCCCAAGGAGAGUUGGGGGAAGGUUUUUCACACCCUCUUUACUCAAGGCCUACCAGCUAAAAAUCCCCUCUAAGCACAGUAAGCCUAGAUCCAAGGUACAGACUUCAAAGUUCAGGGAGACGAAACCAACCCUUCUUGAGCCCAUAGUGAACAGAACUGCUCAGGCAGAUGGCAGACAGCAGAGAAGCACAGCCUGACAGGCCAGUGCUGAGCCAGGCUUCAGGGCCUUGCUGGCCCCCUGCUUAGUGCAGAGCUUCAGGAGGGGGAGGCUUUGCGAAAGGACACGGCCCAAGGGCAACAGAGACUGGAUCAAAGGUGUGUUAGCCUUAAAUGCUUUGGAUCUUUCACCCCUGAAGUCUGAAGUUGUUACACGCGAGGAAGCGGCUUAAGACUGACCAUAGAAGUGUGGACAAUACCUGGACUGCUCAGAUCUCCCAGCAGUAAUCCAGUUUUUCUCCAAAUACAUUUUUAAGAAUCAGUACUAAAGACCAGCCUUUAUUGA